AUGUACGAGUCCGCCAAAGCCGCCGCGUCGUACGUGGCGUCGUUCGGCCCGUACGCGGUGGCGUGCGCCAGGAUGUCCCGAGCGGAGUGGCGACACGCCGUAUCGCACGGGUGGCAUCACUUCAAGGACGAGAUGUCGCACUACUGGAUGGGGACCAAGCUGCUGUGGGUCGAGGUCAAGAUCGCGUCCAGGUUGCUGUUCAAGACGCUCAGAGGCGAGCAGCUCACGCGGCGAGAGCGGCGGCAGAUGACGCGGACCACCGCGGACGUCUUUCGCCUCGUCCCCUUCGCGGCGUUUGUGCUCAUCCCGUUCAUGGAGUUUUUGCUGCCUGUCGCGCUGAAGGUUUUCCCCGGCAUGCUCCCUUCCACGUUCAGAAACGACCUCAAGCACGAGGAGGAGCUCAAGAAGAAGCUCAAGGCUAAGCUGGAGGUGGCCAGGUUCCUCCAGGACACCGUGAGGGUGAUGGCGAAGGGUUUAAAGCAAUCCAGGAGCGGGUACACUCGCGACAAGGCGGAUAAGCUCUACGACUUUAUGAAGCGUGUGAGGUCGGGGGACGCGACGGUGACAAACGACGACAUAUCCAAGUUCGCCACCUUGUUCGGGGACGAGUUCACGCUGGACCACAUCAGCAGGGGGCAACUGGCCAACAUGUGCAGGUUCGUGGGUAUCGCCCCGUACGGGACUGACUUUUACCUUCGCAACCAGCUCUCGCAGAAGCUGCGAAGUUUAAAAAACGACGACCGCGUCAUCAAGCAGGACGGCAUCGCGUCGCUGUCGCUGGAGGAGCUCAAGUCCGCGAACCGCGCGCGGGGUAUGCGCGCGGACACCGACGAUCGCGCCAUCCUCGAGCGCCAGCUGGAGGAUUGGCUCGACCUCAGCCUCGAGCGCAAGCUUCCCCCUUCGCUUCUCAUCCUCUCCAGG